CGAUAUAAAUAGGUCAUUUGGUUUAAAAGCAAACGCGUAAUGAAUUCGGAAAUAUCUUCCGGCGUUUUACUCGCAAAAGAUCAAUUGCAAAAGAUAUUAGAUAAUCUAUCUGUUGGUUUUAUAACGUCUACGGAAGGAAACAAGAUUGCUUCAAUUUUGCCUCCAUUUAAGAAGCUUGGUGUACUCAUUGAUCUCGAGGACAUUGAAGAAGCUGAAGCAAAGAUUCCGAUUUGGACAAACGUUGUGAACACGAAGACAACACAGUCGCAGUACUACAGCUGCAUACAAUGUCGGCGGCAAUUGCCAACUCCACACCUUUUGGAUCUUCACAUAACCGAGCAGCAUGAUUUGUACUUCGCAGCCAGCGUCGAGCGAGGCGACAAACCCCAUUACACCUGUUACAUCGAAGAAUGUCCUUUAAAGUUCUUUCAGCCUGCCGACCGAAAGGAUCAUUGCAUUAAAGUACACAAAUUUCCGGCGAACUAUCGCUUUGAUCAAGGAAAGGCUCCCAAUAAAGCAAAAAGUUGUACAAAGAAAGCAACUAAUGCUAUGGAUGUUGAUAAGGAAGUAAAUGUGGCUGCGAACAUGAGCGCUGAAAAAUUUCCAUAUAUCAAGGCUUUCAGUUUCGGUCAUCCAACGCAGCGCACUUUCAAUACACGCAAGGAGAAGGCGUUGCUAGAUGUGCGGGCAAUAAAGGAAGCGCUGGACGAUAUGGACUAAGUUUUAUUAUACCAUUUUAUUACUUGAAGUUGGUUUUAAAAGAUACUUGUAUUAAUUAACUUGUGGAAACCUUAAA